AACUCUGUUUAAGAAUUUUGAACUAUAUCAAAACCUUAUUGGGAUGUGGAGAGUUCUAAUCCGUUUAAAAUCUGGAUGACGUUAUGCAGAAGCGGAGAAUCAUCACUGUGAACCCCUCGGCGUCUAUUGAGAUGAGACAGUACGAGAAUAAUGAAGUUCCGUACUCAAGCGUCGGUGGUGAUGAGGUUCCGUCAUCGCCUAAAGCUACCGAUAAGAUUCGGAAAGUUUCGAUGUUGCCACUUGUUUUCCUCAUAUUCUAUGAAGUUUCAGGAGGUCCUUUUGGUGUAGAGGAUAGUGUGAAUGCAGCUGGACCAUUGUUAGCUCUUUUAGGGUUUGUGAUCUUUCCUUUCAUUUGGAGUAUUCCUGAGGCUUUGAUUACUGCGGAGAUGGGCACAAUGUUUCCCGAGAAUGGCGGUUAUGUCGUGUGGGUUUCCUCUGCUUUGGGGCCAUUUUUGGGGUUUCAGCAAGGUUGGAUGAAAUGGCUUAGUGGUGUUAUUGAUAAUGCGUUGUAUCCUGUUCUGUUUCUUGAUUAUUUGAAAUCUGGAAUCCCGGCUCUAGGUAGCGGUUUGCCGAGAGUUGCAGCGAUCUUGGUGUUGACUAUUUUGUUGACGUAUCUGAACUACAGGGGACUAACUAUAGUUGGUUGGGUUGCUGUGCUUAUGGGAGUUUUCUCGAUCCUUCCGUUUGCUGUGAUGGGUUUGAUUUCGAUUCCGCAGCUAGAGCCUUCAAGAUGGCUUGUAAUGGACUUAGGGAAUGUGAACUGGAAUUUGUAUCUAAACACGCUUUUCUGGAAUCUAAACUAUUGGGACUCGAUCAGCACACUAGCUGGUGAAGUCGAAAACCCAAACCAUACGCUUCCAAAGGCUUUGUUUUAUGGUGUGAUCUUAGUUGCUUGUUCUUACAUCUUCCCUCUUUUGGCUGGAAUCGGGGCAAUCCCGCUAGAGCGUGAGAAAUGGACAGAUGGGUAUUUUUCUGACGUGGCCAAAGCUCUCGGUGGAGCGUGGUUGAGAUGGUGGGUUCAAGCAGCUGCAGCUACAUCAAACAUGGGAAUGUUUAUAGCCGAGAUGAGUAGUGACUCUUUUCAGCUUCUCGGAAUGGCUGAGCGCGGUAUGCUUCCCGAGUUCUUUGCCAAAAGGUCACGUUACGGGACACCUUUACUAGGGAUUCUGUUUUCAGCUUCAGGCGUUGUGCUCUUGUCCUGGCUAAGCUUUCAAGAGAUUGUAGCUGCAGAGAACUUACUCUACUGCGUUGGAAUGAUCUUGGAGUUUAUAGCAUUUGUUAGAAUGAGAAUGAAACACCCGGCUGCAUCAAGACCGUACAAAAUACCUAUUGGAACCACAGGUUCGAUCCUCAUGUGUGUUCCUCCAACCAUACUGAUCUGUGCUGUUGUAGCACUCUCGUCUCUUAAAGUAGCUGCAGUGAGCAUUGUGAUGAUGAUCAUUGGUUUCGUGAUGCAUCCUUGUCUGAACCAUAUGGAUCGAAAAAGAUGGCUCAAAUUCUCCAUCAGUUCUGACUUACCGGACCUUCAACAGCAGACUCGAGAGUACGAAGAAACUCUAAUACACAAAGAAGCUCUUCAGACAACCAUCGAUUCUCUCACGAAGGGAAGAAUCAUUACCAUGAGAGACUAUAACAUGAAUGACUUUGCUUAUGGUAAUCUUCAAGAUGAGUCUAAUGAUGUUCCAUCGUCUAAAGCAGCAACCAAUUCGCUUCAGAAAGUUUCAAUGUUACCACUCGUUUUCCUCAUAUUCUACGAAGUCUCGGGAGGUCCUUUUGGUGCUGAAGGUAGUGUGAAUGCAGCAGGACCAUUGUUAGCUCUUUUAGGGUUUGUGAUCUUCCCUUUCGUUUGGUGUAUCCCUGAGGCACUAAUCACUGCAGAGAUGAGUACAAUGUUCCCAAUAAAUGGCGGUUUUGUGGUUUGGGUCUCCUCUGCUUUAGGACCCUUUUGGGGGUUUCAAGUAGGUUGGAUGAAAUGGCUUUGCGGUGUUAUCGAUAACGCUUUGUAUCCUGUUCUCUUCCUUGAUUAUUUGAAAUCCGCUAUCCCGGCUUUAGCUACUGGUUUGCCAAGAGUUGCAUCGAUCUUGAUCUUGACUCUAUUGCUUACUUACUUAAACUAUAGAGGACUAACCAUUGUUGGUUGGACUGCUGUGUUUAUGGGAGUUUUCUCUAUGCUUCCGUUUGCGGUAAUGAGUCUCGUUUCGAUUCCACAGCUUGAGCCUUCGAGAUGGCUUGUGAUGGAUUUAGGAAAUGUCAACUGGAACUUGUAUCUCAACACGCUUUUCUGGAAUCUAAACUAUUGGGAUUCAGUUAGUACACUAGCCGGUGAAGUGGCAAACCCGAAGCAAACACUUCCUAAGGCUUUGUCCUACGGUGUUAUCUUUGUCGCUCUUGCAAACUUCCUCCCUCUUUUGUCUGGAACCGGGGCUAUCCCGUUGGAUCGUGAGUUAUGGACAGAUGGUUAUUUAGCUGAAGUUGCUCAAGUCAUCGGUGGAGGAUGGUUGCGGUUGUGGGUUCAAGCGGCUGCCGCUACAUCAAACAUGGGAAUGUUUUUAGCCGAAAUGAGUAGUGAUUCAUUUCAGCUUCUUGGAAUGGCUGAACUCGGUAUGCUUCCCGAAAUCUUUGCGAAAAGAUCUCGUUACGGAACACCUUUACUAGGGAUUCUGUUUUCAGCUUCAGGUGUUUUACUCUUGUCUGGAUUAAGCUUUCAAGAGAUUGUAGCUGCAGAGAAUUUGCUUUACUGUGGUGGAAUGAUUUUGGAGUUUAUAGCAUUUGUUAGAAUGAGGAUAAAAUAUCCGGUUGCAUCGAGACCGUAUAAGAUACCCGUUGGAACCGUUGGUUCGAUUCUGAUAUGUGUUCCUCCCAUUGUACUGAUCGGUUUCGUUGUUAUCCUAUCUACUCUCAAAGUGGCUAUAGUGAGCUUUGUGAUGGUAAUAUUUGGUUUCUUGAUGAAACCUUGUUUGAACCACAUUGAUCGACAGAGAUGGGUCAAAUUCUCAGUCAAUUCUGAUUUGGCAGAGUUUCAGAAGGAGAAUUUGGAUUGGGAAGAGUCUUUGUUACUAGGGAGAUUCAGAGAGCAAGGGCCAGUUCCUGGAGACUCUGCAAAUAAUUCAGGUUUACCAAACACGGGAAGAACCGGUUCCCCUUUGGAGCCUAACACUUCGACUUUGAGAACUUUUGGUGAUAUGAAAGCAGGCUUGUUAAACAAAGGAGUAAACGGUUUCUCGGCUCCUAAUGCUCCUCCUACCUUCAAAAGUUCAAUGAGAUCAAGAUUACCUAACUCCCUACCUGAUCAGUUCAGUCAGACAAAUCCAGGCUUACCAAACACGGGAGGAAGUGGAUUCUCUGCUCCUAGUGUAUCAAGCUACGAGAAUUUCACUCAAUCUUCACUUCUCAAUGAGAAUCCCCGCAGUGGAGGGAAGUCGAGCGACCUGGAUUUUGUUAGAGAAGUAAUAGAAGAUGAAGGAAGGAGAACCUCAGGGAUAUUCUCUCAUUUCCAUCGCCCAAACCUUGAAACGAAUGCUGACAUCAUUCACAUCAAGAUGUUGCGGAACAACACUUUUGUCACGGUUACAGAUUCCAAAGGAAACGUCAAAUGCAAAGCAACAUCCGGUAGUUUACCCGAUCUGAAAGGUGGACGGAAGAUGACAAAUUACACAGCUGAUGCAACCGCCGAAAACAUUGGGAGAAGAGCUAAGGCUAUGGGACUGAAAUCUGUGGUGGUUAAAGUGAACGGAUUUACGCAUUUCGGGAAGAAGAAGAAAGCCAUUAUUGCGUUUAGAGACGGUUUCACCAACUCUAGGUCUGAUCAGAAUCCGAUAGUGUACAUCGAGGACACGACUAGGAAAGCUCAUAAUGGUUGCAGAAAACCAAGGAAACGUCGGGUGUGAAAAGAAAACAUCGCAUGUCUUCUCUUGUUAUUCUAUGGUCACUAUAGAAACCAUCUGUUUUGGCAAGUUCUCUCUUUUGUUGGUUAUGUUUUCUCCUUUAAAUCCGAGGAAUAUCUGGAUUAACAAAGGGAUUUGAUUAAUAAUCCUAAACUUUUUCC